AUGACGUCGGAGCGUUCUCGAAUCCCGUGUCUCUCGGCUGCUGCUGCCGAAGGAACAGGGAAAAAGCAACAAGAAGGAAGAGCAAUGGCGACACUGGAUCGCAAAGUGCCCAGUCCGGAGGCGUUUCUGGGCAAACCCUGGUCCUCCUGGAUCGACGCCGCCAAAUUACACUGCUCCGACAAUGUAGAUUUAGAAGAGGCUGGAAAAGAGGGUGGAAAAAGCAGGGAGGUUAUGAGGCUUAAUAAAGAAGAUAUGCACUUAUUUGGCCAUUACCCGGCACAUGACGACUUCUACCUCGUAGUGUGCAGUGCCUGUAACCAGGUCAUCAAGCCACAGGUGUUCCAGUCACACUGCGAGAGAAGACACGGUUCAAUGUGUAGACCUUCUCCCUCUCCAGCGUCUCCACCCUCCAAUUCCAGGACAUCACUAGUCCAGGUGAAAACAAAAGCCUGUCUCAGCGGCCAUAACUCUGCCAGCAGCACCUCAAAGCCAUUCAAAACGCCCAAAGACAAUCUACUUACCUCCAGCAGCAAACAGCACACAGUCAUUUCUGCAAAAGGACCAAGGGAAAAACAAUGCGUUCCGGUUCCUGUAGUCAGUUUAGAGAAAAUUCCUAACCUAGUGAAAGCAGAUGGUGCCAAUGUCAAAAUGAACUCGGCCACCGCUCCUACAGUCACCUCCUCCUCCACCUCGCCCUCUGCCGUCUCCACUCCACCUUUAAUUAAGUCGGUUUUCAUGUCCAAGUCAGUGCCACCUUCACCAGAGAAGAUCUUAAAUGGAAAAGGCAUUCUGUCAGCCACAGUAGACAAGAAACACCAAAAUGGCACCAAAAACAGCAACAAGCCUUACAGGAGACUUUCAGAGAGAGAAUUUGACCCAAAUAAACACUGUGGAGUAUUGGAUCCCGAGACAAAGAAACCUUGCACAAGAUCCCUCACCUGCAAGACACACUCGCUAAGCCAUCGGAGGGCAGUCCCAGGCCGGAAAAAGCAAUUUGACCUGCUUCUGGCAGAACACAAAGCCAAGUCCCGGGAAAAAGAAGUUAAAGAUAAAGAGCAUCUCCUGGCUUCAGCAAGGGAAGUACUUCCAUGCCAGUCGGGGCCGGCCCAGGAGUCUCUUCCUGGCUCUUCAGGGAACUCUGGGCCAGAAGCUAAAGUCACAUCCCCUGCAAAAUCCAGGCCUCCCAACUCUGUACUUCCUAGACCAUCAUCUGCAAAUAGCAUAAGUAGCAGCGCAUCUUCAAAUCACAGUGGCUACACUCCAGAACCCCCUCUGGCUCCUGUUGGAGGUGACCUUGCCAGUCGACUGUCCAGUGAUGAGGGGGAGAUGGACGGAACCGAGGAAGCCGAGAAGUUAGACUGUCAGUUCUCUGCACACCAUCCCAGACCUCUUGCGUUUUGCUCAUUUGGGAGUCGCCUCAUGGGACGAGGGUACUAUGUGUUUGAUAGAAGAUGGGAUCGUUUUCGAUUCGCACUAAACUCCAUGGUAGAGAAACACUUGAAUUCACAGAUGUGGAAGAAGAUCCCUCCUGCGGCAGAUAGCCCCAUGCCCUCGCCAGCAGCCCACAUCACCACCCCCGUUCCGGCAUCCGUCCUACAGCCUUUCAGCAACCCCAGUGCCGUGUAUCUUCCUUCAGCUCCCAUCAGUUCGAGACUCACCUCUUCUUACAUAAUGACAUCCGCUAUGCUCUCAAACGCAGCUUUUGUGACAUCGCCGGACCCGAGCGCCCUCAUGUCACACACCACAGCUUUCCCUCAUGUGGCUGCAACCCUCAGCAUCAUGGACUCAACCUUCAAGGCCCCCUCUGCUGUGUCCCCGAUACCAGCCGUCAUCCCUUCCCCAUCCCACAAGCCAUCCAAAACCAAAACCAGCAAAUCCUCAAAAGUCAAAGACCUGUCCGCCCGUAGCGACGAGUCUCCAAGUAACAAAAAGAGGAAGCCACAGUCUUCGACUUCCUCCUCUUCUUCCUCCUCAUUAUCCUUGCAGACAUCCCUCUCGUCUCCAUUAUCAGGGCCCCACAAAAAGAACUGUGUUUUGAAUGCCAGUUCAGCUUUGAACUCCUAUCAGGCGGCCCCUUCCUAUAACAGUCUGUCUGUGCACAACACCAACAAUGGGGUGAGCCCACUCAGUGCCAAGCUGGAGCCCUCAGGACGGACCUCGCUGGCCGGUGGCCCCACGGACUCAGUGAGGCGUGUGGGCACGGUGGGCGGCAGCAGUGACUCCUGUCCCCUCUCGGCGCCCUCCCUUACGCCCCACGCGGGGGACCUGGCCUCACACAAUGCCGGGUCUUCUCUGCCCCUCUCUUUUGACAAAUCAGAAGGAAAAAAGCGUAAGAACUCAAGUUCUAGUAGCAAAGCCUGUAAAAUCACUAAAAUGCCUGGUAUGAAUAGCGUUCACAAAAAGAACCCGCCCAACCUUCUCGCACCGGUGCCCGAGCCCGUUAACACCACCUCCUCUCGGCAGGUUGGGAAAAAUAGCAGCCUAGCUUUCUCACAAUCCAGUCCUUCAAGCAUAUCCAGCCCAGGACAUAACCGACAGACCACAAACAGAACAAGCAGGAUAAGGACUCUUCCAUAA